AUGUCUAAUUUAGAGGAUAAGACUAACGGAGUUGGUUCGAAUCCUCUCCAAAGAUUGGCUUCUUUGAAGGCGCCUCGUGAUCUUCUUCUUGGUGGUGUUAAACCAAAUAAAAAGGUUUUUACCCCAAACCUCAAUGUUACAAGAAAUAAAAACAAAGGACCAUCCAUAGCAAAUACUCGAGAACAUAGGAAAGAUGAAAGAAAUAAAAGAGAUAAGAAGAAUGAUAGAAAUAAGAAUUUCAAAAAUGGAUCAAACGUUAUUAAGUCGUCUGGUGUUUUCUCAGAAGGUAUGGGUAGUGCUGAGCGGCAUUCUAACCGCUUGUCAUAUGGAAGGGAUGUUAAUGCAGCGCCAACUUUACAAAAACCAACAAUACGGGUUAAAGAUGUCAUAAAGAUUGAUAAAGAGUUAGAAGAUCAGAAAAUAAAAGCAAUUCUUAGUGAAGACGGAAAGGAAAUAGAAGAAGCAGAAGAUUUCAAGCAAGUUCUAGAAACAGAUGCUCCUGUAAAACUACCUAUGGACGAUGGAGGAUGGUCAAGCAGUUCAAUGAAAAUUAAAAAAGAGGUAGUGAUUAAACAGGAGCCAACUGAUGAUGGAGAAAUGCAGACAGAACCAGAAGAGAAGCCAAUUCCAGAUGUUAAGGAAAUAUUUGAAGAUAUCAGUGUGGCCAACCUAAUGAAAACUGACAAGCCAACAUUGAUAUUAUUACAGUUAUCGGAUACGUUGCCGGGUCGUGGAGGCAGCGGUGAUGACGAUAGGAAGAAACCAACCAAUCAGCCUUCUAGUUCCAGCGAGGAGGCUGAACCGAAACCGCCAUUGGACACAAAAUGCCGUCUAUCCGAUUUAGAAGAAGGACGCAUAGGAAAACUAAGAGUGCACCGCUCCGGUCGAGUAACACUUGCUCUUGGGAAUACUAUUUUUGAGGUGAGUUCUGGAACAAAAGCUUCCUUUUGCCAAGAAGUUGUAUCUGUGAGUGUUGAUGAUAGAAGCCGUUCUGCUAGUAUGAUAUCAUUGGGAUCUCUACAACAUAAGCUGAAUGUCACACCAGAUUGGCAGGCAAUGUUUGAUGAGAUGGCUAUUAAGUUGUAA